CUUUGCAAGUUUCCGUGAAGGAAGAGGAUGGAGUCUUCAUCUGCAGUAAAUGUAACAAAACGUUUGAGGAGCGACACUUGUGCCAGCAACAUAUUUUGAAACAUUUAUUAGUGACGAAGGAAAGAACUGUUUCCUGUCCCAAGUGCCCUAAAAAAUUUUUAUCUGAAAAACAUCUUGCAAAACACGAGGCAUGGCACGAAGCAUCUAUCAAAAACAAAGUGAAGUAAUAAAAUGCGAUGAGUGCAACAAGACAUUCAAAACCAAGCGCAUGUUAACCCGACACCUCAAAAGGCACGAGGCCAUGAAAGAAGGCAAAUAUCAAUGCAAGAUUUGCAGUAUGCGACACGCAUCUGACUACGAGUUAAAAAUUCACACAAAGAGGCACGAAAUUAACGUGAAAAUGCCGUCAGUUCCACCUCCAGUUAUAAUUGUAAGAAAUGAUCAUAGUGCAUUCCAAUGCUCCGAGUGCAGUAUGGUGUUCACCGUCCGACGGGCCUAUAAAACCCAUGCGCAAAAACAUAUAAAUAUACGAAAUGGCAUGUAUAAGUGCGAUAUUUGCGAAAAGAUAUGCGGAUCUUCCCAUAAUCUCGACACGCACAUGCGGAGACAUCGAAACGGAGAGAUAAAAGAAGUUACUCAACGUAGAGAACUGUCGUAUGAAUGCUCAAAAUGUGAUAAAAAAUUUGGCAGGCAGCUUCUGUUAAGUAAACACUUCAAAAUUCACGAGGCUAUCGAAAAAGGUCUUUACAAGUGCAAGUUAUGUGGAAAGUAUUUAGGGUCACCCAGAUCGCUCGUACUACACGAGCAAAGACAUGAUGCCAAUAAGAAAGCAAGAAAUGCACAUAAAUGUAUCGAAUGUGACCGCACGUAUUUUCGCAAGUAUUCCUUUAUCUGCCAUGUUAAGGCGAGGCACGGUGGAAAUGAACCGAAUCAACGAGAAAAUGUAAAAAUCGACAAAUGUUGAACAUAUGUUACUUC